AUGCGCCAUGAUUUUGACCCUCAGGAGUUCGUGAAUGCAUCCAGACUCUGUCUCGAGGACCUAGUCAUCAUUGAUGAGCCUGUCCGCGUAGAGCCCAUCCUCACGAUCCUUCGAUAUCGAUGCGGGUUUAAGGUGGAUGCGUUUUAUGUGUUGACAGCAGAGACAAGCAAGAUGCGGAUUGAUGGCUCUGCGCAGUGGUUGCAUCGUGUGAUAGGCUUCAAUCCUGGAACCGAUGAUGUUCCUGCUGUCUCACAGAGCACUGUCGACGAUUUCAUGGGCUUUUUGGCUCGUUCAUUUCCACCCCCAUCACAGCUGUGCGAUCUCAUGGUCGACGGCCGCGGCAACUUCCUACAGGCGGUGAAUUCACCUAUGGCCGUCAGCAAGGCUACCUUACAAAUCCUACACGACACGAGCCAGCAAGACGUCUACAUCAUCAAGCCCCGGGCUCUCGACACUGCUGGCAAUUGGCCCUGGCAGCUUAUCGUGGAGAGCGCUGCAACAGCUGCUGAGAUCUUGCAGCGUCCAUGGGGCACAGAGAAGACCAGCGUUGUCCGUGAGCUCGCGAAGCGGGGUAUCCCUUUCAGAAUGGCACUUGCAGUUUCCGAAUGGAAUCUGUCCCUGCCCCGCAUGGAGAAGUCUGGUCUCCACUGUGGCCUUGGUAUUCGGCAACCGGGCUUCAAAACGUCCAAGGAAGAGUACGCUACGUACGAGGACGCUUGUGAUGACUUCCUCUUGUGCAGCCCGCAUGCUAUACAGGCUGCGUUGGGUGCAGGUGGAAUUGUUUGGCGACUGGCUGUUCAAAGACUCCAGCCAACCCUCGUCGCGGGGCCCCAAAGCCGGUCGGGCCACCAAGCAAUGGACUUGAUCUGCAGUGUGUACAGGGUCCUUGCGUUACAUUCUACGGCGAGUGCCACCGAUUACUGUUGGUGGCCGAAGCAGUCAACCUGGCUCACCUCCGGCUUUAAUAUGGGCUACUGGACGUCGUUCAAUGAGUAUUGGUUCCAGAAGCGGCUUUGCGACAUUCGAUUUGGCGAGGCAACCCCACGCAGCGCUAAGCAGUGGAAGGACGCGCUUAAGCUCCACAAAAGUCUUGCGUUGAACGUUGUUCAGAAGCUGGAGUCCCUGUCAGCAGAUUGUUUGUAA